GACGGUGGCGGUGUGGCCUCAAAAAUACACCGCAACCACACCGCGCGGCUCUACCGCAGAAGCCGCCACCACCUUUCCACCGCCGUGCGGGGCCCACGAAAACGAGACCGCGUUGCGAGUUUAACAUCCUGACUGCAAGUUGGGGGGGAAAAAUCAUCGGCUGAGAUGUGGACUUGUGAUUUUUUCUCAUGUGCCUGCCAGAGCCGUCGUCAGUGAUUGAUAAUUUUUUAGUUCAUGAAAACAAUCUGGAUUUUGCGGGGAAAUUGAGUGAUCAGUGAUAACUUGUACGGGAGGGAAUUGGUGUUGUGAGAACUUUGAGUAAUGACUAAUUGAGAAUUAAAGAAUCUGUGAUAGUAUCGCGUGAAGUGGUGAGACGGAAGGAAUUUGACGAAGUGGUGUAGCUGAGGAUAAAACUGCGAGGACGACGGGGAAGUAAGAAUUUGCAAACAGAUCCUGAUGCUAUCCGUUGUCGGGAUAAUGAAAUAAGGAUCAAAGGGAAGGAGAUCGAGACGCAUUUGGGUUUGAGGAGAGUGGAAGGGGAAUUACUGUACGGAGGUAAUAGAAAACGGAGAAAGAAUCUGGGAAACAAAUUCAAUUGUUGGAUUUCGAUAGGAGGGGAGUGAGAAGCUGUGCUCUGUGGUGGAAAAGAAAUCGAGUGAAUUCCUGGUGAUCCUUCGGAGGUGAACGGAGGAUCCUCCAAGACUUUUAUUGAAACUCGUCGUUGAAUUGAUCAGUUUAAGGGCAUAAUUUAAGGACAUCGCGCUCGUCAACUCUCCGGAAAGCUGGGGAAUUCGGCAGAAAUUCUGUCGAUUCAGAUCUCAUGACGAAUCCGCUGAGAGAUGUCCGACCGGAGGAACGUCCUCACGGACUUGAUUAUCCGGACGCGAGAAUUGCUCGUAAUCAUUCAUUAACCAGCAUCAAUCCUGCGGGACAGAUAUUCAGCUCGAGAUUGCGGAAGGCGAGGGUUUCUUCGACGAGACGAAGAAUGCAUAUCGCUGAGGAGUCACCUGCUCAGGGGAAUGCGACUGGUAAUCAACCGACUGACUAUGCACUCACCGCCGAUCUCCUUGCCGAGAGGACGUUGGAUGGGUUGCUUGCGGAACAUCCUGGGGAGCUCAUUCGGACAGGUUGUCCCCACGUCGUCUGCACAGUUCUCCCAAACCACUGGCGCUCCAACAAAACCCUUCCAGUGGCAUUCAAGGUAGUGGCCCUCGGCGAAGUUGGCGAUGGAACACUCGUCACAAUUCGUGCUGGCAAUGAUGAGAACUGCUGCGCCGAGCUGCGUAACUCCACAGCUCUCAUGAAGAAUCAGGUCGCCAAAUUCAACGAUUUGAGGUUCGUCGGCAGGAGUGGAAGAGGUAAAAGCUUCACUCUGACGAUAAUGCUGCAGACCCAACCGCCGCAAGUGGCCACACUUUCCAAAGCCAUUAAAGUAACCGUCGACGGACCCAGAGAGCCGAGAUCCAAAACGAGACAGCAGGCCUUUCAUCCCUACCACUUUGGACCGCGGCCAUUUCCCUUUGGACAUCCGCAGGACCCACUGGGAUUCAAGCUGUCCGGAUUGCAACACCUGGGUCUGGAGCAGACUGGUGGACAAGGGUGGGGCGGUCUCCCCCGAGGUUCUCUACCCCCGCACUGUCUCCCGCCGCCACCAGGUCACCUAUCGCAGCCGCAUCCGCCGCCAGGCGCGGGUGGUACAGUCUCUGCCUUCAACCCCUUCCACCAUGCCAUCGAGCAAAGAUCUCCUCGACUACCAGUUUCUAAUAGCGAAUCAGCGAGGAACGACUUGGGGCCAAUAAGCGUUGCUGUGAGGGAGUCUGCACAGGCAGAUUCCCCAGCGAAUUCUGGCCCCGGAUUAUUAACAACUGCUUCAGUCACAGCAGCAACACCACCUGCCGACUCGGCGACAAAUAACACCACUUCGAAUCCACCUGGACAUCAUCCCCACCUGCAAGGUCUUCACUUUCUGCGAGCACAUCCGUUGUUUGGAUCGAUAUUCGCCCCGCUGCUGCCUCAAACACCUUGGCUGUACAAUCCACUAUCUUACCACCCGCCUCAGUACUUAGUGGAAUCAGACUGGCAUAAAUUGGCAGUGCACAUGCAGCAAAGGCUACAGAGGCCCGAUCAUGCGAAUUUGGAGGAUCUUAAGCAGUUGCGAAGUACGAGUGGCAGUCCCAGUGUGAGUUCACGGGAUGAAAGACGCAGAGAAGACGGUGAUCCUGAUCCACUGAGGGACACUGAAAGUCCAGACGGCAGCAUCGAAGUGGAUGACAGAAAUGAACAGGAUCCAAUAUUCGAAGGGAGAAGCGAGGAUUCAUUACAGGAACAGGAAUCACCUCGUAUAUCACCGGUGAGAAGUGACAUGGAAGAUAGCGUUAAGGAGGAUUUCAGAGAUACCGAGAAGCGUUUGAGACCGAGCAUUGAGAAUUUGAAUGACAUUGAUAGUCAGAAUGAGGAUCAAGGGGUACGGAGAAAUGAUUUAACGGUGAAAAUACGGCUUGAGGGUACCGUUGAUCUGAGUACCAAGAGGGGCCAAGAUAAGGAGAAUGUUGGUCAGGACUUGACGACGAGGAGAAAGGACGAUGAUGUCGAUGUUGAGAGGGAAUCAGUUAGACCGAGAAAGGAUAGAAGCCCGAAGCCCAGGCACGUCUGGAGGCCCUAUUGAUGUUCGAAAGUAAACUCUCAUGUGGACUUGAAUGGAAAGCAAUCAACGAGUGGUUGCUUCGUGAAGACUUUCGGAAAAUAUACGAUUGCUUAUUGAGAGAGGUGGAAUCACAGACAUCGGGGACUUCGAGGACUAACCAGGGUUUAAUUGUCUUACUUUUGAUUCAGCCUGUACAUAAAAAUCUAUGCUACUGUAUCAUGUCGUAUUACUGUGAGAAAUGCAAGAGUACAUUAUCAGGAAUGAGGAUGAAUAGUCCGGCAUUUCAAUCGUCGACUUUACAUAGAAUGAUCUCUAAUUGUCACCUGUAAAUAACUUGUCAAUGCAUAAGGAAAAUCUGAUAUAUUAUAAAUUACGUUAGUGUAAUUAUGAUCAUCUUGGUGUUCUUUGAGGAUUAAACCACACGAUGGAACAUCUUUAUUUGGAAGAGUAAUUAGGUUUUAUCAUGU